GGCAGUCCGGCCGAGAAGGAGCUCGAGAAAGUACACGGCGGAUCCAAAAACUUAGGAAUAAUUAUGUCUUCGCUUUACGUCCAAAACCCCAAAACUUAGGACUGAAUUCUAAUUCCAUCCAAGUAAAACAUGAUGAUGUUGAGGGCGCAUUUGUUGGUGGCGUGCGCGCUGUGGGGGUGGUGCGGGGGCGUGUACGUGCCCCCGGGGCCCAAGUACGCGUGUCCCGCCGACCCCAGGUCGAUUUUCCCGUGCGAGUGCCAGGGCGGGGGCGACGACGGCCUCAGGGUCGCGUGCCACCUGAGCGGCCUCGCGCCCAUGGCCGCCGCCCUGUCCAACGUGGCCGCCUGGCCGCUGGCCCGCCUCACCGUGGCCCACGGCCGCUUCUCCUCCCUCUUCGGCCACGCCCUCCGCCCCCUCAGGGUCGCCGAACUCAGGGUCGAGGGCACGCCCGUCACCAGGGUCGCCCCCGAGUUCUUCGAGGGCGUCAACGCCACCCUCAGCGCCCUCACCAUGGCCAACACCAAAAUCACAGACUUCCCCACUGAGGCCUUCAACCUCCUCACAGAGGCAAAGACCCUGAAGGUCGAGGGCCACGCCGUGCACUCGAUGGCGGCGUCGUCGGUGCCGCUGCCGGCCGUGGAGGUCUUUGCCCUCACCGACGGACCCCUCUCCGAUUUGGCCCCCGACACCUUCGCCCUCAGCAAGAAAAUCAAACUGCUCGACCUGCACGCCAAUGCCCUGACGGAGCUCAAGAGGGGCGCCUUCAAAGGUCUCAGGGACCUCGAGACCCUCGACCUCGCCCACAACACCCUUAUCAAGGUUGACUCGACUGCUUUGGCCGACCUGCCGAAGCUGCUGACCCUGAAUUUGUCGCACAACGCCCUGACGGAGCUGCCGAGGGGUGGGUUCGCGCGCAACACUCUGUUGAAGCACCUGGACAUGUCGCACAACAACCUGAAGCGGCUCGAGGCGAACACGUUCCGCGGCCUGCGAUUCCUGCGCCGCCUCUUCUUCUCCGACAACCUGAUCGAGGAGGUCGGCCGAGGCGCCUUUUCCUCCCUCAACAGGAUCGGCACCAUCGACCUCGCCAGGAACAAACUCACCAAGGUCGACUUCCAGAUGUUUGCAGGAUUGCGGUACGCGGAGAGGCUGGACGUGGCCGAGAACCAAAUCACCGAGAUCCAGAAGCGCGCGUUCGUCGAGUUGUACUUGGUGACGGUGAACGUGUCGCACAACCAGGUGAGCUCGAUCGAGGCCGGCGCCUUCGAGAACUGCGCCAACAUGACGGUGCUCGACCUGAGCCACAACCUGCUCACCUCGAUCGCCAAGAAGGCCUUCGACUCCGUCAGCUACGCCGCCACCUUCCUCCUGCAGCACAACCAGAUCGACAACUUCGCCACCAUCCCCCUGGCCAACAUGUCCGGCCUGCAGGUCCUCAACGUCAGCCACAACGCCCUCACCACCAUUCCCAGGAACGGUUUUCCGAAGCUGUACGAGUUGCGGUCGGUGGAUUUGUCUCACAACCAACUGACGAGCGUCGCCAACGCCGUUUUCCAACCGUUGUUCAGCCUGAGGAACCUCGACCUGAGUCACAACGCGCUGGGCAAGUUGAGCAGCGCCGUCCUGGGAGCCCUGCCCUCCCUCCUGGAGCUCGACCUGCGGCACAACGCCCUGACCGAGGUCGGCAGGGGCGCCUUCGCCAGGCUCAGUUCCUGCCGAACUUUGCUUUUGGGCCACAACAAAAUCAACAAGAUCCAGUUCCAACUGGCGCCGGCCCUGUCCGUGCUCAGCAUGCCCCACAACCAAAUCGAGACCCUGACCGGACCCAUUGAGGGCGAAAGUAUUUGGCCCACGAUGAACGCCCUUCUCGAGCUGGACCUGGACGACAACAAAUUGGGAGACUCCCUCGCUGAAGACUCGAGCGCCCUGGCCAACCUUUUGACCCUGAGAAUCCUCAGGUUGAACCGGAACGGCCUGACCCGUCCUCCGAAAGCUGCCCUUGGACCUUUGACCUCCCUCCAGUACGUCUAUCUUGAAGGAAACAACAUUCAGAGCCUUCCGAAGGGCGCCUUUGGACGUCUGCCAAUCGUGUUUGAGCUGCAGCUGGCGCACAACAACAUGAACAACGUCAGCGUUCGCGCCUUCGAAGGUCUCCUCCAACUGCUCACGCUCAACCUCAGCCACAACAACAUCACGCAAAUUCCCAACGGAGCCUUCCAAAGUUUGGUUUCGCUGAGGAAAUUGGAUCUGUCUCACAAUGGGCUCGAAAAACUGGAUAAUAAAUCGCAUGGUUUGCUCGACGAUUGCCUCUCAUUGGAAAAGAUUGAUUUGAGUUUCAACAACAUCGGAUUCGUGACGCGGCCAAUGUUCCCGAGCAAUCCGUACAUUCCCUACAAAUUGCGCGAAGUUGACCUGAGCCACAACGCCAUUCCAGUGCUGACGAUGGACCUCACCUGGGGAGCCAAAAAGGUUCAGGUGCUCAACGUCUCGCACAACCUCAUCAACGAAAUCAGAUCUGGCGUGCUGGGAAAUUUAACUUCGCUGAGGCACCUGGACCUUUCGUACAACGAGCUUUCGGAACUUCCGGUGGUGAAGAACGAGACUUUUCCACUAAACUUGACCUCGCUUGUUAUGAACCACAAUCGUUUCGAGGCGCUCCCGCUCCAAGAGCUUCUCAAAGCCAAUCUUUCCUAUUUGGAUUUGUCAGAUAACAUGCUGAGGAAUUUCUCCGAGGAACUCUCGUACAUGGUCGAAAACGGAACCAAAAUCGAUUUCUUUGACAAUCCUCUGGAGUGCAGUUGUCUGUUGCGACCUGUGGUCAGGUGGCUGCAGGGCCAAAGCGACCCUGCGCCCUGGGACACCGUGACCUGCGCCACGCCAAACUUCUUGCAGGGAAGGGCCGUCGCCAGCCUGCCAGAGGACAAACUGACCUGCCUCAAACCGCCCAAGCAGCAGCGACUCCGAAUCACGCCCGACGUCGCCUACAGAAGCGUCACCAGAACUCGGGACGGUGGCGUGAAAAUGGUGUGGUACGUGCCGACGAGGCAGGACAUUGGAAACUUCCAAAUCAUCGUCAGGGACAAAAAUACUCAAGACAACGUUUACGAGAAAGAGGUGCCAUACAACGUGAGGAGCGACGAGAUUCCACCGUUGCAGACCGGCGGUGACCUGCAGGUGUGCAUUUUGGCCAAGGACUCUGACGGGCAGAUCAGAAUUUGGCGGGAAAACCAGUGCCGCUCCCUGGACUCGCUGACCUCCUCGGCCACCCGCUUGACCCUGCUCACUUUGCCGCUCCUUCUGCUCUCUGCGACUUGGAUCUUUUAAUUUGCAAAUCGCAUCAAACGACUGUGAUAAAUUUACAUAAAUUAUUCAUUAAAAAUUCAACCGAAAUAUUCUCAGAAAAAGUGGCGUUUCAGUAUUUCAAACCAACAGUUUAAAAAAAUAUGGAAAAUAUACAGUUUUUUUUCUCAUUAUCUGUU